UUUAAAAAUGGCUUAUGGGGAAUGCCGCAGGCGGUCAAUCGCUUGUAAUUUUCUUUCACCUCUCAGUACUAGGGUAGAAGAGGUCGACCAAUAAUUUACACAUUGUCUAUCAGUACCCAAAGAUCCUCAUAUGGGGAACCCACUGGGGGAACCUAUGCAGUUACAUUUUCGUACUCCACUCAAAAUCGCACUUAUAAAAAUAAAGUUAGUGAUCAGUGAAAGGACCAAGGACAAAGGAUUAUCGGGGAAAAGGAUUUUUGGAGUGAAGUCGCUUAAGAGUCGGAAUGUAAAAUGGAGGGCGUCGUAGCGGGUCAAUGUUGUUCGUUAUUGUCACCUGCUGCUGACUGUUAUUCUUAAAACUUUCGUGGAUUGUUAUUAAUCAGUCGUAUGGAAGAGCAGAGGAUGGAAUGGAUGGAUCGUGUCCCCUAUUUCUCUCAAAUUUUGGAGAGCAGAAUGGCUCUGAACGUUCAGUUGGAUAUUUGGUACAAAAAUUGCCACUGUAUCGGCCAAGUCCGGACACAAGUGAUCUGGGCUAUCACACUCUUGACAACAGUGCUUGCCGUUCAUCUUCGUCUACUUCAAUUGUUGCCAUACCCAUUAAGCACCAACAACAGUUACAACAGCAAAAGAGUCUUGGCCACUUAGACGAUGAUUUAUUACUGAAUAUUUUUAGCUGGCUAACAACCAGAGAACGAUGUACCAUAGCUCAGACGUGUCGUCGACUGCGAGAAAUUGCGUGGCAUCCUUCUUUGUGGCAAGACAUUGAAGUUCAUCACCCACAGUGCCUGACUAUCGCUCUAAAUUCUAUAGCACGUCAUGGCUACCAUUCUCGUGUCCGUCGCCUUGUUUUGAAUGGAGCCAAUGGUCACCCAGGAGUGCUUGCGUCGCUUCCAUUUCCACGACUUACAAUUUUGGCCCUACGACAUGUCAGACAUGUUAAUGAUGAUACGAUAGCUGCCAUUCUCGACAACUGCAUGCAUCUAAGAGAGCUAGAUUUGACCGGAUGUACCACUGUCACAAGAGCCUACACUCACGGUGCUGCUUCGCAGCUUCAGUCCCUUGACCUGAGUGACUGCCAUGGUGUGGAUGACGCAGGUCUUGCACUCACGCUGUCUCGUAUGCCACACCUUGCUUGCCUGUAUUUACGACGCUGUGCAAGAAUUACUGAUGCCAGUUUGGUAGCUAUAACUUCUUACUGCGGAGUUUUACGUCAACUGUCCGUAUCAGAUUGUGCAAGAGUCACGGAUUUCGGGGUCCGCGAAUUAGCAGCACGUUUGGGCCCCUCAUUAAGGUACCUCUCGGUAGGUAAAUGUGACCGUGUGUCAGACGCCGGACUGCUCGUUGUUGCAAGACAUUGUUACAAGUUGAGGUACUUGAAUGCUCGAGGAUGCGAAGCGCUUAGUGAUAGUGCUGUUCUUGCGCUAGCAAGAGGAUGCCCUCGGAUGCGUGCUUUUGAUCUUGGAAAAUGCGAUAUUGGAGAUGCAACUCUCGAAGCUCUGUCUACAGGGUGCCCUAAUUUAAAGAAGCUUUCUAUACGUGGUUGCGAACGUGUUACUGAUAUUGGCCUAGAGGCACUGGCUUAUUAUGUCCGUGGCUUACGGCAAUUGAACAUCGGGGAUUGUCCGCGGGUAACCAUCCUUGGAUACCGCGCCGUAAAGCGUUACUGCCGGCGUUGUGUUAUCGAGCAUACUAAUCCUGGUUUUUCCAGUUGAUUGUUGUAUGAUCACCUUCACAUCGGGGCCUCUAUAAUACUAUUUACUAACUGGCUUGUUUCUGCAACUACGCGGCCAAAGAUCAACCGACCGUCAAUCUCAGAAUACUCUAUAUUUGUGGCAUGUAUGAAACAAUUAGCCUUCUCCCGGUACAUACUGACAAUCAGUGUUUUCAAACCUCCCAUGGUGCUGACCCUUGCAAUUCGUUGAACGUGUAUGUGAUGAUGUAUGAAUUUGUGGCCGACUCUGAUUCCGUCCAGUAUCACUUCUGGCUAGUUAUUGUCUUUUUAGUAUUUCAUAGAAGUUUAUACCUUAGAUCAUAUCGUUGACUUUGUAAAGAUUAUUGUCAAAAAGUGAAUAUAUUAUUGAAAGAAAAAAGAAGAAAUAUAUAUUGCAUAUUUGUAAAAUUUUAUAGCCUACAAGUUAAUAUCCGAGUUAAUAUCUAUGAAUGAACCUGAUGCGCGAUUUUAUAUUAUAAAUGGUAUGUUCGACAAGAGCGCAGACUACGUAGUUAUAGUAUAUUUUACUCCUUGAUAAGUUUAUUUAUGUUCCAAUUGCUUUUAUCUCACCCUCACUAACACCUAUUAUAUGUAUUUCUCUGUCGAAACAAAGAGAUUUCGAACUUUUCGAUGAUUUGUGAAGCGUCUACAGUCUCAAAAUAAAAUAGUGGGUUGCGGGUAUAGGCGCUAUUUUUCGAUAUAAUUCAAAAAUAUUAUUUAUAUUUAGUAUUUAACAAAAUAUAGACAACUAAUUAAUAAAUCUAGAACAAACAAUUAUAAUAAGACCAUAAACUCAUGUUUUUUAUAUUUCAAAUUCAUUUCAUACGUGAUAAAUGACACAAAAUAGUAGAUAGCAAAAAAAAAUAUACAUACAGUCCAAGAAUUA